CUGAUAUACAGCCUCCAUUGGAAAUCCCUUGAAACUUCAUUUCACACAAAUCUCAAGCCAACAAAGGAUGCCUCUUCAAUCCCACCACCACUCCCCUUCGUUCCAUUCUUGUUUCCGACCCUGGUCCACCGCCGAUGGAAGCUUCAUAGCACCUCCUCCACCGCCACCGCCGCCACAGAUCUCAGGUAAAACGGAUCUUGCUACGAGUCUCUACAACACAAGUCUCGGCCUUUUUUCCCUCACCUGGUCACGGACUUUCCUUGGCCACUCUCUCCACCUCCACCUCCACCCUUCCUCUCACUACUCUCCCUCUUCUCCGCUCCCUCUCCCUGCCUCCCUUUCGUUCACCACCCUCAAUUUUCAUCUGCCUAUUAAGCCCUUUAUUUUUUGGAAGAAACAUGGAUAUAAGAAACUGAGCAGCUCCACGGUCCCUAAUGUUCAAGUCUUCUGGGACCUUUCCAGGGCCAAGUUCGGAUCCGGGCCGGAACCCGACUCUGGAUUCUAUAUUGCUAUUGUUGUUGAUGGAGAAAUGGCGCUUCUUGUUGGCGAUUCUGCCAAAGAGGCUUAUGCCAGAACUAGAGCUCAAAAGCCUAGGGAAAGCCAAGCUCUUGUUUUGAGAAGAGAACACGUGCUCGGCAACAAAGUGUACAACACAAAAGCUAGAUUUGGAGGCAAAAAUAGGGAAAUUUCUAUUGAAUUUAAAGCGGACGAGGAUGGGAAGCUGUGUUUUAGCGUUGAUAACAAAAGGGUUUUGCAAGUGAAGCGACUUAAGUGGAAAUUUAGAGGCAAUGAACGUAUUGAAGUAGAUGGCGUUUCAAUACAAGUCUCGUGGGACGUGUAUAACUGGUUGUUUGAUAAUGAUUUGAACAACGGGAAUGCAGUUUUCAUGUUUAAGUUUGAGAACGAAGGCUCUGAAAUUCUUGGUGGAGAUUAUCAGCAAGAUGGAGCCAAAGAAGUAGUCGGUGCUUUCAACGAGAAGAAUGGGGGCGUUUUGUGGCAGCAAAGUUCAUGUAGUUUUGGCGUCAAUGGAAUCGAGUGGAAAAAGAUGAGGAAAAGCUUGUUGAGGACUGCUAGAAGCUCAUCAUCUUCUUCGCUUUCUAUGUCUUCGGCUUCCUCAGGAGGCAGCUCUUCCGUAAUGGAGUGGGCAAGCGUGGAGGAGAGUGAGUUAAGUGCUCCUACUGGUUUCUCUUUGCUUGUUCAUGCCUGGAAAAAAUAAAGAUUUUCCAUUGUCCUUGAUAAUCCUCUAAUCCUUGGUUGAUAAUGUCGCUAUUCGAUUUCUCACUAACCCCAUUUGUUAUUGAACAUAGUACUUAGGAGAACGAAAUUAUAAAGAGAGAGAGAGAGAGAGAGAGAGAGAGAUUUAUACAUAUAGAUAGAUUCAAUCCUUUCCCGUAUUCUCGAAGAGAUUACGGUUGUAUAAUUGAAAUCAUUAUAGUUGUUUCUUUGUAAGUUUGCGGUAGUAAAUUUGAUACUCCCGCCCUGGUUGAGAUCAAA